AUGACGCUCCUUCGCCUCCUCCAAGGCUUGCCCGUCUGGCGAUUGCUCUUUUCUACUGGCUACUGGGGCGGGCUAGCGUGGUUGGGAUAUUAUUGUCUCUGGUCAGUCUCGCUCCGCCAUGCCACGGCAGCCAUCAAGGAAGUCAGGAGAACCAGCCGAUUUGCAGACGGUACUCCGUUGCUCCGUCGGUUCUCACCCUUUCCGACUUUGGAUGCAAAACUCGUGUCCGCUGUAAUUUUCUAUAAUGGGCUAAUGGAUGGGUCGGACCCGGUCCACCGCCUGCUACUGGUGGACAUCCAUUCGACGAUGCAGGCUACUGCACUCUGUAUCCUUGUCAGCAGCCGGUCUUCGUCCUCAUCCAGUCUAUCCUUGAUAGUUCCCACGAUAUGGAACAUCUUCAAUCAAUUCUACGGCGCCGCCUUCGUCUAUCCUCUCUACCUCCUGUUUGAGUCCGUGAGCCGCGGUUUCGACACGCUUCGUCCGGUGGACAAUUCCCGGGUCUCUGGAGCAUUGCUGGUCAGCGCCCUUCUGGGCUCACUCCUGCCUUUCACUUUCUUAUUCCCGGCGUUCAUCCCCUGCAGCGUCGCACGAAAACAGCGAGCAAUCGCACUCUACCGUUUCGCCCCCAUCAUCUUCGCGCUACUGCAAUGGGUGGGGGAGCACCUCCCGCUUGAGGCCCUGUCUGUGGGCGUCCACCCCGACUCGGCUCCUUAUGUCGCGGCUGGCCUGGCAGCUGCAGUGGGUCAUUUCUAUGCGCUUGGUGGGGCUAUUGCUGCGGCCCGGCAGCCCCGGGGCGGCGAGAUCCGCAGGAGCCAUAUCGGAUACGAUUUUCGCCGGCUCUAUCUCCCUAGUGCGACGCCGCCCCCUUCGGUGAUCGCCGCGCUCCCUCAGGCCGCCCACACGUUCCUCCAAUACGACAUUUGGAUACUCCUGGCGGCGUUCGUUCCGUACGCAUUUUUGUUGUUGGCGCCGGUUGUCAGCAUGUCUUUCUGGAUCGUCAUUCCAUGCCUGCUGUCAGCAACGGUGGCACUGGGUCCAGGGGCGGUGUUGGCCUUUGCUUAUGCCCUUCGGUGGCACCUAUCCUGA